CUUCAGAUCAUCAAGUGUGUGUGACACAAUCACGUCUCUGCCACUGGUAGCACACGCAAGCUACACGCAAGCAACUUUUAACAAUGGAUUUUGUUUCUUUCAACUCACACCAUGGACGAGGCAGGGGAGCAGAAUAUCGUUUGACGCAGCAACCUGGUCAUAUCAGGGCCAACAUGGCUGCCGAUAAUAGCAAUAAGUAUGACGACGUAGACACCAAAAUGGCUGACGGUGUGUUUACGUGUAUUAGAGAGAAGGAAAGCCGAGAAAGAUUCACAGAUUUGACGGUAGUAGUCCAGGAUGUCAAGUUCAGGUGCCACCGUUUUAUUCUGAGCGCGUGUUCCAAGUUUUUUGAAGCUCUGCUUAGAACUGAUAUGAAGGAGACAGGCGAAGGUUCAGUGGCGCUGGGUGGAAUGGAACCUGCGACCUUUUCUCGAAUCCUCGAUGUCUUGUACGCCGGUGCGAACAUUUUGACAACAGAGAACAUGUUUGUAGUCUGGCACGCGGUCAAUCAAUUACAGAUAGAUUUUUUAAUCAAGGCAUGUGAGGAGUUUGUGAUCAACAAUAUGACGUCAUCGAACUGCUGGACUGUGUACAACGAAGCCACAAAACUGGACUCGGCCAAAGUUUUAGGUGACGUCAGAAGAUAUCUGGCCGUGAACUUGCCUGACGUCAUUGUCGGUGACAACUUCAUUUGUCUGUCACUUAACGAUAUGAUUGGCAUUCUCAAACAUCAGCCUCGGUCUGUCUGCACAGACUUUUCUGUCUUCUGUCUCUUGAGGUGGGCGUGUGCUGAGACAGACUCUAUUCGCAUCAUGUUCAAGGCCACACAUCCUCAGAAAAAGAGGAUGGCAUCUCAGUUCAGUGGCCAAGGAGUAGUUGCAAUAAAACGCAUUCCACCAAAACCCAAUUUAAGUAAUAGUGAGACAGCGGUCUACAGAAGGUCUUGCUUGAACCAGCUGCUGGAGAAGGUUGACCUGACACAAGCCAGCGUUGAUUGCCUGAAGUACCUUAUGACCAACGAGUUUGUCGCUGACCACAGAGACGCCAUAUUGCGAGUUAACAGAGCGUCAGCCAAGAGAUUUGGUGGCGAUGACUACGCACAAACACUGGACACAUGCAAGCACUGUCAAGGGGGGCUGGUUUAUCAGUAA